UCGCUGCACACAGACGUUGCUCUUUCUGCGUUCCGUUCCUUCUCCACCAUUUUGUUUUCCCUCUUUUCCUUUAGUCCACGCCUUUCUCCUUCGCUGUGCCGCCAUCAAGAAUGUGCUUUCCUCUGUGAAGGCGGGCAAAAACACUCGCGUGGCGGACCGAGACCUGGGGCAUGUGCGAUGCGGAGGGGGCAGACCUCGCCCAGGAAAGAACGAAGAAUCUCUCUCCAGACUUCGCCCAUUCUGUUUCGUUUGCCGCGUCAAUUUCGCUCUUUCCCUCCUCGACAGACUCCCAGGUCUCCCGCGAGCUCUGUGGCGGAUGCGCGACCAGAGGGCGCAAAGCAGGGAAGUUUCAGAGGGACGACGAACCUGUGAAGUCGACGAAGGCCAGCGAAAAAGGAAUCCCUCGCCGUUGUUUUUCUCGAAAACAAAAAUCCAGCUCUUCGUGGCCGUCUCCUUUGUUGGAAAGCCAGACUGUGCUCUUUGCCUCUUGUGUUCGACUUCUUGUGCCGCCUGCCUGCUGGACACCAGGUCUACCAUCUUCUGCUUUCCUGUCGCUCGCUGAUCGACCAGAGCUUUUGUUCUCUGCCGUCGUCUGCCUCUCUCCGUCUUCACUUUCUCCCUUUCUCUUCGACCGUUCUUCCCUCUUUCUCUUCCGCAAUGUCUGUCGCGAAUCUCUUCAGCUCAGACCCCUCAGGGGCUGGCGACGACUGGCUGCACGCGGCGCCGCAGACGAACUUCCCCGCCUCCCACUGCUCAGGGUCUCCACCUGCUCCUUCUUCUCCUCCCUUUCCUCCUCCCUUUCCGGUCUGUGGCUUCUCCUCUGCUGCAGAGGCUUCCUUUUCGCCUUCUGGGGGUCCGGCUUCUUCUUCGCCUCCGUUGGCGCCCCCCUCUUACCAGGCAGCCUUCCAGAUGGUGAAUCCAUUCGCUUCGGUGGCUAUCUCUGCCAGUUCCGCUUCUCCUGCGCCUCCCGGCGCCCCCGCUGCCCUUCUGCAGACUUCCUUUCCUCAGAAAGCGGUGGCUGCCGACGAGCUCUCCCGAAUUCGUGACAACGGAGGCCUGCAUGCGAGAAGCAUGGAGCACCCCCUUGAAAAAAGCGAGACGGGGACAGCUGGGGGGAGACCCCAGGAUACCGAAGGACAGCCUCUGACUCAUCGAGACCCUCUGCCCUCUGCUGGCGGACUGGACGUCGCUGCUGAAGCUUCGGGUGUAUGUACACGUGGAGAGAAGGAAGGCGCGUAUGCUGCGCGAGUCCAGUGCGCCGUCGGUCCACAUGCCAGCCCCCACAGAGGCCCUACACCCAACGGAGUGUCUGCCUCUUCAGGUUCUCAAACGGAGACCGAGGGGGAAAAGCAGAGCGACUUCGCAGUUCCUUUGCCGUUUAAGAAUCCGUUCUUAACUCCUUUAAAUGCUGCAGAAAGUAGCUCCGGACCCUCUUCAUUCCCUCCUCCUUCAUCUUCACCACUGGCGGUUCCACCAUCUUAUCAUCCACUUUCCUCUCUUCCUUCAUCGUUGGCUUCCUCGCCUGCCCAACUGUCGGCAAAGGCGCCUCCGGAGGCGCCUUUGCCGAUGUUCAGGAAUCCGUUUUCUUCUGAAGCCGUCUUCACUUCUGUCGAUUCAAAGCCUCCCGGGGAAACGGAGACUCCUUCGCCCUCUCUCUCUAGUCCUCUCCCUCCUGCAUCUGCUCCGCUCCCUGCUUUUGCAUCUGCUCCUGUCGCUCCUCCUGUCUGGAGCUCUGCCCCUCCUCUCUCUUCUGUCGUCCCUGGGGGGGUGCUGCCGCCUUCCGUGGACAACAGCCUCGGACCUUGGCCUCCCAGCGAAGGCGGAUCUGAGGGGAGAGCUCCGGCUUCUCUAUUCAUCGGUGGAGAGCCUGCGCGCGAGGCAUCCGCCUGCCUGCAGGCCAGCUCUGUCGCUCCAUCCUCGGCGGGAGCUGUAGAGACACCCGAGACAGCAGGGGUCCCGAAUACGUCUUCAGAGCAAGACCGGUCUGAGAGUUUGGCGCCAUUCCCUGAAGCGAGAGGCGACCGUCGGACUUCCGCAGAUGCUUCUCCUCUCCCUGCCGAGACGCAGAACGCAGAAAGGGUGCCGGAGAAGCGUCAGGGCUCUGGAGAGACGCGCGGGGUCGACAAGGAAACUGAAGAGCAUGAGAGGCGAAUGGAAUCCGGCGACGAACGCAGCGCUUUUGUGCAGCAGGAAGAGGGCUCAGCGUUAGAGAGAGAGGCGCCAUGUGUCUCGGAUUCCUCCUCCUCCUCUUGCGCCUUUGUCUUGUCAGAGGAAGCUCGUGCGUCUGGCGAGACGGGGUCAGGAACUGCGGCUGUCUGCGCAGAAGAGGUAGUGUCUAGAUCUGGACAACUGCAUGCAUCUGAGGAGCACAACCAGGGCGACGCACCCUCCGCGCCGCGCGAAGCUGAGGACUCUGGACCUCCGAGUCAGUCGGCCGGAGGCACUCCAGAAGAGCUGGACCACGGCCAAUCCCCCGCAGACACUCUGUUUGGGCUUGGAGGCGUCCCCUCGUCGUUCUGUUCAGACGCCACAGACGCAGUCCACUUUGCGGGUGUCUCUCCAGGUGUCGCGACAGAGGACUGUGGAAGAUUUGCUCCUGCUUUCCUCGACAGACGAGAAGCUGAAGAAGCAGCGAGAGGGGAUCCGCUCUUUCUCUUCCGAGACGACGAUGCGUCGGACAGCGUCUUCAACAGUGCGGCUGCGUGCGAAAUCCUCGGCGCCAUCUCGACCCUCGCCGGCCCUGCCGACCAAGCCACGGCCCUCGAGACUGAGCCACAAGAAAGAGGAGCACACAGGACUGGAGCGAAAGACACGGGAGAGAAGGAUGUUGGAGAGAAGGAAAGUGGAGCGAAAGACAUGGGAGAGAAGGGAGAGGGGGAACGCGCACUGGGUGUCGAAGGCGCCCUCCGGGCUUCGGCAGAGGCCCCGGAGGAGACAAGAGAGAUCGAGGGGACCCUUGCUUCCGAGGAGACAGAGGAAAAGGGCGAGAUCAGAUGCGGCGGGAAAGAUGGGCACAGAAGCGAAAAGGAGCUCGCCUUGAGCUCGGGGUAUGGAUCCGUAGCGAAUCCCUUGACGAGUUCCGGUGUCGCGACAGAGACUUCGCGAGAACUCUGGACCUCCUCGUCUCUUCUGCCUGCGUCUGCGCCCCGUGGUGACGGAGACACUUCAGCGACUGGGGACGUUUUGGGCCAUGCAGUCGACCAGACGGCCCCCGGGGAGGAGGUCCGCGCGGGAGAAAGAGAACAGGGCCCAAGACCGGCAGUUGAUCUCGGCGCCCCCGAAGACACCCGACAGGCUCUCCAGUCUGACACAGACUUCUCCUCUCUCCUUCAGAAUCCAUCUUCUGCUGAAAAUCCAUUCUCUUCUCCUCUACCCCCUGCAGCGUCUCAGCGACCUGGAAACGAGACGCCCCUGGCAGGACCCAGCUUUUCUGCUCUCGGGGGACGAGACCCUCACGCGUCUGCUCUGCCUCCCACCGUGCCCCUGCCGGCGCCGCCCGCGUGGCUCCGCGCCCCACAUCUGGGCCCAAAGGAAACACGAGCCGCGUCCGAGGAGACAGCUCGUCAACGCGGGAUGUGGGGUGCGCAGCCUUGCCCAGCUCCCCAGGCCCUGGGCUCCGUGGGCCCCGCUCCUCCAGUCCCCGUGGCCCCCACGCCUCCAGUCUCCGUGGGCCCCGCUCCUCCAGUCCCCGUGGGCCCCGCCCCUCCAGUCCCCGUGACCCCCACGCCUCCAGUCUCCGUGGGCCCCGCUCCUCCAGUCCCCGUGGGCCCCGCCCCUCCAGUCCCCGUGACCCCCACGCCUCCAGUCUCCGUGGGCCCCGCUCCUCCAGUUCCCGUGGGCCCCGCCCCUCCAGUCCCCGUGGGCCCCGCCCCUCCAGUCCCCGUGGGCCCCGCUCCUCCACUCCCCGUGGCCCCCACGCCUCCAGUCGCCGUGGGCCCCGCCCCUCCAGUCGCCGUGGGCCCCGCCCCUCCAGUUCCCGUGGGCCCCACGCCUCCAGUCUCCGUGGGUCACGCUCCUCCAGGCCCCUUGGGCCCCGCCCCUCCAGUCCCCGUGGGCCCCACGCCUCCAGUCUCCGUGGGUCACGCUGCUCCAGUCCCCGUGGGCCCCGCCCCUCCAGUCCCCGUGGCCCCCACGCCUCCAGUCCCCGUGGGUCCCGCCCCUCCGGUCGCUGUCUCUCCGGCCCCAGGCCCUUUGACCCCAGUUUUUUCGGGCGCGGUUGCGACCUUCACGGGAGGUGCGUCGAGUCAGGGCGAGGUGUCGUUCUCACAGCAUCGCGUGGGGUCGGUGGGCGUCCCUGUCGCCUUUGGACUGGGGGGCUUCAUGUUUUUGGGGAGUCCUGAGACUUCGGCGGUGUCUGAGCUGCCUCUGGCGGAGGCCCUGGUGGGGGGCGCAGGUGUGUCAGGCCCUCGCGAGGCAUCGAAGGAGUCGGAACUCCGCGCCGAGAGCUCUCCGCUCUUCCUGGAGAUGGUCGCAGGGUUUCCGGGCCCUCUGGGCGCGGCAGACGCGAGGACAACGGCCUCGCUCAUUCGCUAUUUCGAGGGAAUUGUGGAGAAGAAGAUGCGUCUCGCUUCCCAGAGCACAUCCUCAAACCCCCCGGGCUCGCAACUCGAAGUGUGUGGACUCUGGAGUUUUCUCCUCGCCUUGCUUCAGGAACAGCGAACUCAGGGACCUGCUGGAAGGCAGCACGGGCCCUCUCGCCUCACUCUGCCGUCGGCCUCUUCGCUCUUCCCCCUUGAAGACAUGCGCGCUUCCGUCCAAGCUGCAGAGGCUCAACGCCCUUCUUCUGUUGAAGGUGGCGAGAGAGAUGCGGAUGCGCGAAGCGCGAGGGUGGAUGAGAUUUGUCGCAGGGCUUGCACAGGCGACGUGAGGGGUGCGUUCGAGGUUUCUCUGGCUGAGAAGAUUUUCGACCAUGCGUUCGCCCUGGGGAACGCGUUGAGCAGCGACGCAGUCAACGAGGCUCUCCGGGCCUUCUCGGCGCAGCUCGCGCAGGGGGACAGGGUCGCCGAGAAGAGGAAAGGAGAAGAGACUCACGGGCCUCCAGGGGCGGGAGACGCACGAGAUUCAAGGGCGAGGUGGCGAAGAGCUGUUGCGAGUUUAUACCGUGUUGUGGGGCAAGACCCAGACGAGUUCAUCAUGGACGCAGACUCCGUCGAAGCGUGGUACCCAACUGCGGCCCUGGUCGCGCGGUUGGCGGGCCUUGUCCACCCCACGGGGCAACGUCUCCUUCUCGCUCUCAGUGGAGCCCUCGCAGAGACGGAGAGCUCCGCGUCGCCCUCGAGCUGGUGCGGGUGUCUCCAUGCCUCUCAACUCUGCGCGCUGCUGGCCGGGAAGACCGUGGCGCCUGUCUCUCUUCUGGACCCUCUUCCUCGCAAGUUGGGGACGACUUCCGGCAGGAGGCUGUCGAGAGAGGAUGGAACUCUUUUCUCCAUCGGGGGCUCCCCGGUUGAGGAAGUGAUUUUGACAGAGACCCUCGAAUACUUGUAUCGCCUCCACGACCCUCAAUUCAUGUUUCCCCAGCUGAUCCCGUCGAAGAUUUGGUAUGCGUUCUUUCUGGCCGAUCUCGGACUUCUUCAGCAGGCCCAGAGUUACUGCUCGAUGGCUGCUUCGUUUCUCCGCGCACUGCCACAAAUCCAAGUUCCGACAGAGUUGCGCCAGGAGCUUCGCGAGGUGCAGCAGAAGAUCGAGUGUCUGCAACAAACAGGAAAGUUCUCUUCUCUCAACUCGCACCUUCUCGCCUUGCACCGACCCUCCCUCGGGGCUCCAGAGGCGCCCGCAAUUGCGUCUGCCCUCGGCGUGGAGCCCAGAGAAGGCCCUCCGACCUCGAGCUUCUUCCAGGGCCUCGCUCAGGGCGAGAGAGAGAAGAAGGAAGAGAGCGGCUUGUCUCUUGCCGCCGUCGUGGGCGGCAGCUGGCUGGAGGGCAUGAUUGGCGGACUCAAGAAGGCCCUCAGUGCUGAAGAGAGAAACAUCGGAGUCGAGAACGCAUUCUACUACGACCACGUUCAGAAACGAUGGCGCGAAAGAGGUCGCGAGCACGAGGAAGAGUCUCUUCCAGCGGAUGCUGCCGACCCCGGCUCCGGUUCGGGGCCUGCGGCCCCUGCUCCACCUCCGCCUCCUCCGCCGCCAAUGGGGGUCGAGACGGCAACGCGGCCCAGAACAGGAGCGGACAAAAGAAAUCGAUAUGUCGACGUUUUUUCAUCAGGAAACUCGAAUGGGGGACGCCAGGGUGUUGCGUCAGCCUCCCUGAUUUCCUCUGGGCUCUACGCUUCUGCGCCCGAGGGCCCCGCGAGGAAUUCAGAGCCUUUCCGAGCCGCUCCUUUGCCAGCGGCCUCUGGACUGCUCACGAGUCCAUUUGGAGCCUCAGGGCCGUCUCAGACUGUUGGGGACUUGUGCAUCCCGACGGAGAAGAUCUCGCCUGCCACGGCGCUCCACGCUCGGCCUGCCUUUCCGUCUCCGACUCCCUCGGUCUCUCCCGCGCCCAAUCAUUUCGGCGGCUCUGUGUCUCCUCAGGGAGACAGUUAUCCAGGAGGCCCUUCGGUCUCAGGAGGCAACAUAAGUUCCGCGUCUCCCUUCCCUGCCUGCCAAGCCCCAAACGGGGUCGCCGACGCCUCUGGGCCUUUCCCCCCGCAGGACCUCUCGGGCUCCACAGGCCCUCUCUCGAGUGUCUCCACAGGCCCUCUCUCGAGUGUCUCCACAGACCCUCUCUCGAGUGUCUCCACAGGCCCUAUCCCCGGUUUCUCCACAGGCCCUGUCCCCGGUGUCUCCUCGGCUCCGCAGUCCGUCUCUCCAGUGGCCCCGCCUCACCCCACAGGGCCUUCCUCACUGCCUUUUCCUUCUGGGAACCUUGGGGCCUCCUCCGGGCCUUUCGCCUCCGCAGAUCCAGUGCCGACUGCGCCCUUUCCGGGCGGGUGUGCGACUCCGACUCCAUACAUGCGUCCUCCUAAGGCGGCUGUCCCCGCGGCUUCUCCCUUUGGGCCGCCGCCUUCAGGAGACAGUGUCUCCUUUUUCUCCGGGCCGCAGGCCCCACAGCCUGCCGGGGACGGGAGACAGGGCCCCGCGACCUACACCCGAAGAGACAUCCAGUGGUAGUCAAAAGGGCAGAAGAAUGCACCCUGGGCAGAACGGUGGUUGCCGUCAUGUGCGUUCUGCGGAACUCGAUGCGUUGUUUCCCCGCGUGCAGAACGGGAUGGUUCCGGCGAGUGGUUGUCUUGCCGCGUUUUUUUGUUUUUCAAGGAUGUCGAAGGUAAAGCUGUCCGUUCGCAGUCUUUCGUGGUCGUCGCCAGACGGCCCAUCCACGCAUGCACCUUCUGUUCGCGUUUCCUUUAUCUGCUUGAGGUCUCAGCGUCUCUCUGCUGUUCACUGAAUCCGUGAUGCCCAAAGCUCAGUCCUGGAGUACUGUUCCUGUCUCGCUAUAGAGUGUCGAGGCCGCUUUUUGCGAGUGGACGCGUUCCUCGAGGAACAAAAGCCUUCUUUUUCUGGAACAUCCGUCCGGAAACCAAGUGCGGCUGCCUGCGAAGGCGUUUGUGAAUAUUUUAUCGAGGCUUUCUCCCGGAGUCUCUGUUGUGUCGACUUGUGUUUGUUGUUUGGGUGUCUCCUGCACCGCUGCGCUGGCGUAUCCCUCGUUCUGCGCCUUCGACUGCGCACAACGUUCUCGCUACGUUCUGUCUCUGGUCUGGUCUCUUCCGCCCGCGGGUGGCCGGUAUCCACCGAGACCCACAGAGACGCCUGUGUCGUUGCAUUUUUCGAAAUAUGCGCAAACCGAUAUGAACGGCAAACAAGCCUACACCUGUGAAACGAGAAACAUGUAAACGUCAUCGUGUGUAAAGUUUUCUCUCUCGGG